UUUGUGACCUGUUUGCGUUUAGGAAAUGUCACCACUAGAUGCCACCGUUCAACCAGCAUUAACUCCCACUUGAACGUUUGAGGGUAGAGUCCGCUCCACUGCCCGAAUCAGCGUCUCUGGUGAACAUCAGAUGAAGUAGCUCAAGCUGGACUCAGGCGAGGACGAGUUCAGACCAGGACGCUGUGUGAGGACGGAGGUGGACGGAGGUGGACAGGUGGAACGUGCGGUGUAGUGCAGAAAUGUGGCAGUCUCUGAGCAUCCUGAAGCACCUCAGCUCGACCGCAAAGUCACAGGAUGCCACCGAACUACUACACGAGGACAUCGUCUUGGUGGAGCAGCGCGUGGAGCCGACCAAAAAGGCGGCGCAGGUCCUUCACAAGAAGCUGCUGGGCUGCAUGCAGAGUCAGCCGGGGCUGGAGGCUGAAAAACGAAUGAAAAAGCUCCCUCUGAUGCUGCUGUCCAUCAGCAUGGCAGAGAGCCUCAAAGACCUGGACGCAGAGUCCUCCAUCAGGAGGGUGUUGGAGAUGUGCUGUUUCAUGGAGAAGAUGCUGGCCAACAUGCUGGCUGAAUUUGAGAUGAAGCUGGAGAGAGAGGUCCUAGAGCCGCUUAACAAACUCAGUGAGGAUGAUUUACCGGAGAUUCUCAGGAACAAGAAGCAGUUUGCAAAGCUCACAACGGACUGGAACAAUGCAAGAACCAGGAGCCAGACCAGCAAUGGUCCCCAGGCAAAGCAGGAAGGUCUUAGGGAGGAAGUGGAGGAAGCUUGGAGGAAGUUGGAAAGCAUCAAGGACCAGUACUCUGCAGAUCUGUACCAUUUUGCGACCAAAGAAGAUGAUUACGCUAACUACUUCAUUCGUCUUCUUGAGCUCCAAGCAGAAUACCACAAAGAUUCCCACCAGUUCCUGGACAAAAACAUCAGCGAGCUCAAGGAGAAUCACAGUCAAAAAGGCUCCAAGCUGAACGUCUCUCAGCAGAAGGUCUAUGGUGAGAGUCUGCUGUCUCACUUGUCUCAAAGCGGCAGAGACAUUGCUGUACCCAUCCAGGAGUGUAUUCACAUGCUGCUCAGGACGGGUAUGGAGGAAGAGGGUCUGUUUCGUCUGGCGGCAGCAGCUUCGGUGGUGAAGAGGCUGAAGUCUUGUCUGGAUCAAGGGACAGUGGAUCACAGCGAGUUCAGCAUGGACCCACACGCCGUCGCUGGAGCUUUAAAGUCUUACUUCCGCGAACUGCCCGAGCCUCUGAUGACCUUCGAACUGUGCAAUGACUGGUUCAAAACAGCGGCGGAGAAAGACUUGACAGAGAAGCUGGAGCAAUUGAGAGUCCUGCUACAGAAGCUGCCACGUGCAAACUACAACAACCUGAGGUACCUGGUCCAGUUCCUGUCUCUAUUGUCGGAGAAGCAGGCUGUGAACAAGAUGACGCCCAGUAACAUCGCCAUCGUCCUGGGGCCGAACCUGCUCUGGCCAAGAACUGAAGGUGAAGCUGCUCUGUUUGACAUGGCGUCAGCGUCUUCGGUCCAGGUGGUCACUGUCAUUGAGCCUCUUAUUCAGCACAGCUCCGUCCUCUUCCCUGAAGAUGUAUCCUUUGAGAUCCCAGACGUUGCCGACGUUCCAAAUGUGACAAUUCCUGUUCCCACUGCCCAGUCUUUGAUCUCAGAGAAGCAGAAACUGAACAGAUCAGUCUCCUCCGCUUCCUCCACAGCCUCCUCCUCCUCUUAUCACACUCCUCUCUCCAAGGCAAACAGCACAGCCUCUCAGGACAGUCUGAGCAGCUUCUUCCUGGUGAAAUCUGGCUCUGUGAGUCGCAGUGGCACCUCCAAGUGGUGUGGCCCUGUAGUGGAGCAGCAGCCGCAAGCAGAAUCACAUCAAAUCACAACAUCAUCAUCGUCUCUCAGUGCCUGCAGCGAGGCAGAGAACCAGAUCCCAACCCCACCACCUAGAGCCACGAGACCAGCGCCAAACCUGGAUCAGAACAGGAUCCCCACACAGAGGCAGUGCUCGGACCAGGGCCAGCUAGAGCCAAUUCUGGAGGCACCUCCAGACUCUCCCAAAGCAUCUGUGAUCUCAUCGCCGUCCAAAUCAACAAGAUCCUUCCAACAAAACAAGGCAAGCGAGCACAUAACGGUCCAGUUCUCCAAACCCAAAGCAUCGGUAUCUUCCAAGCAGCCUCCUCCGCCCCCAGCAGCCAAGGACACUAAGCCCACGCCCCCACCUCGGGCUCAGACGACCAGCUUCAGAAAGCCCCCGCCGAAAAAGCCUGGACUGAAAGCGCCAAACUGCCCGCCACCACUUCCUCCACCGUCGCAGGCAAAAGAGGUUCCUUCUUAAGCACGGUGAAAAUUUAGAUUUUCAUGAUGAAACCCUGUUUAUUUUGUCUGUGCUGUUCAUAACAGUGCACUACAAUAAUGUUUAUUCUGUUCUUGUGGUUCAUGCAUGUUUUUAUAAACCUCUAUCAUAUUUA